CCAAUAAGAACAUAGUUAAUCUUACCAGCACUCUUUUCUAUGGUUUCCUUAAUGUACUAUUACCUUCGUUAUAUUAGGACUCUUUAAAUUUGUUUGUAUCACGUUGUUAUCCUACGAUAUUUUCUUUACGAAUGAAGAAUCUUUCUAUUAUGGAUGUUAUAAUUUAUAACCUAGAAACUUUAGGAUAUACUCGAGCAUACGCGUAGUAAGGAUAAACAUAUAACAAUAAUUUUUCCUUGUCUCAUUUGUCCUCUAAGGACAAUGAACCAAUUUUAUUACGAUAAUAUAUUCAGCAUUAUUAUUUAGGUUUUUUUUUCUUAUAAGUAAAGCGUUAUACUCGACAGCCAAGUUACAAUAGUUACCGACAUGAGGGCGUUGCGAUUUCUUUCGAUGGUAGUGGCAACAUUGCAUGAUGGUAAUUAAUAUAACUGAUUCCUUCUUGAUUUCCAGUCAAACAAUAAAAUUUUAGAUACAAGUGUUUUAUUAGAAGUUUCUAUGUGAUAAAGAUACAGUGAGACUAUAAUGUCAAAUAAAAUAAUUGAUCUUUGAAAGUGAAAUUUUAUUCAAGAUCCUAAUAUGGCACGAGUUCGUGAAUUCAAAAGAUCAUUGGAUGCUGUAAAUACUAAUAUAGACUUUAAGGACUUAACCAGAUUUAGCACAGAAGGAAACUUGAUAAAACAAGAGCCAUGUGAUAGAAAUGAUGUGGAUUCAUAUGACACUUGUACGCCAACCAUUAUAGAAUCUGAAGAUAUUAACUCGAUUAAUAUAAUAGAGAAUAAUAUCAGCCCGAAAGAAAAUAUUUGUACUCAGACUGAGAGCCUCUGUAAUAUAACCACUAAUCAAAUCCAAAAGAAGUCUUCUUCGAUGGAUCAUGCGGAAACUGGAAAUAUAAAGUGUAUUCAGAAAAAAAAAGAUAUCCUUGUAAUCGAUGAAAAGAAUGAAAACAAGAAGGCAUUAAGAAAAAGUAAUGAUAUUAAAAGGUUCAAUAAAAAACAAAGAAGAGAUAUGCGAAUAACAAAGGAAAAGAAGAAUGCUAUUUAUUGUGAAAUAUGUUCUUUAUCUUACGACAAUUUGAAUCAGCUAAAACGUCAUAAAAAUUUUUAUGCCAAACAAAAUAAUUAUUUUUGUUCUAAUUGCCUCUCAAAUUCUUGCUCUCAUAUUAGGUUAAAGAUUGAUGGAAACGUGCAAAACUCUUCUAGAUAUUGUUGUCAUUUUUGCAAACGAAUGUUUCAAAGGAAAAUAAGUUUACAAAGUCAUUUAUUUCACCUUCAUGGAAAGGAAAUAAGAGUAAAUGUCGAAGACGAUUCAUUUUCAAUAAAUCAUUCAACUGUUUCAUAUUCUGGUACGUCAAAGAAGAAGAAAAUGCGACAGAAGACAAUGGUGGAAUACAUUAUACGUCAUAAUAAAGAAGAUGCAAAGAAAUCAUCUGAAAAUUUAAACAACUCGAACGUUAAUAACGUUUUAACUAUAAUUAAACAAGAGAAUGAAUGGGUGGGUGAUGAUGAUGAAGCGGGCAAGUCGUCGACGGAUAAAAUAGUUGCCAGUGUACCUCGAACAAGUCAAAAGUCAAAUGAUAAUAGAUUACAAAAACAGCCAUUUGUUAAAAUACACGUCGAUUCUAACAUGAUGAAAGCUCUUUUAGGAAUCUCUUGUUUAUCUAAUGACGACGAUUACCUUGAAAAAUCUUUUCUAUAUAGUAGUAAUCGUAAUAGUAAUAAUCAUACUAAUAAUAGUAAUAAUAUUAAUGGUAAGCGUUACGCAUUGCGAUCUUUAAAUAAUUCUAUAGAAGUAAAUAAUAGUGAGUCAUCCACGAUCGUACGUAAAAAUAAUCAAAGCGAUAAUAAAGUAAGAAAACUUUCAAGUAUGUGUAAGAAAUGUACCAUUUCGUUGAUAAGAUGCGAUGAUAAAUUGUCAACAAGGUCGACUUCGUAUUCUUCAAAAUUUGCUACGUCGUCUUCUCAGGUUUUACAACCGGUUAAUCGUAUAUUUCGUAAACGUAGAUUCUCACAACGGAAAAGUAAUGGUAACGAGUCACCUUCCAAAAAUUCCUUCUCACGAAGUAAUAAUUCUAAAGAUUUUAUUAAAAACGAUUCUUCCGUAAGAUCUCCACCUGUAAAAAUUAGAAAACGAAUUAUUAAUGGUAAAUCAAGCUCGUCUAUCACGUUAAAUGCGAAGCGUUCUAGCAAGUUUAGAUCGAGGCGCAAGAAGCGUUCUGGUCGACGUCGAACGUUACUCAAAAAAGUCAAUCUUGAUCUAAGAAAGAACGAAUCUUUAAAGAAAGGAAAUCUUACGAAUCCCAAGAACUCAUCGCCACAGAAGGAAUCGUAUUCUAAUGAAAUUGGAAAUAAACAAUCUGCGAAUCCUAUUGUUGAAUUGAAGGAAGUAAAAGUAUCUCUGAUAAAGUUGCCAGAAAUAAAAAAGGAAUUGAUUGUUUCGGGAAUGAAUGAAAAUGGAAUGGCCAAUGUCAACGAUAAAACUUUUCCUUGUACAAUUUGUGAUAUGUUAUUGACCACAGAGAGAUAUUUGAAGAGACACAUGAAGAAAUGUCAUACGGCGUACAUGUCAAGCAUAUGCCGAGCACGAUAUGCCUCGAAACGUCUUUUAUUGAAACAUUAUUUACGAGAACACGACAUGUGGGUAUGCAAAUGUUGCGUUUGUUAUCAAUUCUUCAGUAGUCGAUUAUCAUUGAAACAACAUUUGCUUCUACAUUGUAUUAGAAUAACGUUAUCGAAAAACGAUCGUCCUCUUUCGAGUAAAAAUAUGAAAUGUCAUUCCAAUGUAAAAAGAUACAAGUGCAAGAGAACUGCGUUAAAAAUCUUACUGCGGUCACAAUCAACGGAACAUCAAAACGAUCGAAACGAAAGAAAAAUGGAACAUCAAGAGAUCGAUGAUAGUAAUCGGAAAAAGCCAAAGGAAUAUUUACACGUAAGUAGCAUUGAGAAUCUGACAAAUCGAGUUAACGAAAGCAAAGAGAAUAAUGUCGGUGUACUUGGAAAGGUAAAUGAUCGGCAACCAGAUCAGGCAGUCUCUGUUGAAUUAACGAAACCAUUCGAAAGUAAUAAUACCGAAGUUUCUCAUUCUAGAAAUAAUGACUCGAUAGAAGAACCAAUACCGGAUACUCCGUCCGCUGCCGGCGAAUCUACCAUUUGUAACGAGGAUCGGCAAAUUGAUCUGUUAUUGCAUACAAAUGUGAUGCAAUCGGAUGAUAAUUAUAAUAAUGAGAUAACUAAAUCGGGAAUCGAUGCUACAAUGAAUAAGCAGAAAUAUCCAUGUUCGAUUUGUGGGACACAAUUUCAGAAGCCAGAAAAUUUGUUCCAACAUAUACGUACCUAUGAUCACUCCUUCAAUAAUUUCUGUGAAAUAUGUGGAUUAUUCUUUUCGAAGAAAAAAAUAUUGAAGACACACAAUAAUACUACUCACAAUUCUGCCAUCUGUAGUUUAUACACGUUGCAUUGUCAAUUCUGUAAUCAAGGCUUUCGUACUGAAAACAAUCUUCGUAUACACGAAUUGCAUUAUCAUGCAAAUACAAUAACUAUAAACAAUGUAAGAGUGACGGAAUUUUUGAAAGUUUCCAACUGUGGAAUUAAUUCAUCUUUACCGAUGGUCUGCAAUAUUUGCGGACUAUCUUUUAAUACCUUUGAACGUUAUCAGUUACAUUCUAUGUAUUAUUAUAAAGGUCACAUAUUCCCAUGUACAUUUUGUGGUAAUAUAUUCCACGGAUUGAACAUGGUACAUCGUCAUAACAAACUGUUCCAUUAUCCUAGAAAUAAUUCAACGUCUUACAAAUAUAAAUGUUCGAUUUGUUACGAAGGUUUUGCAAUUGAAUCAAAUUUUCAUGCACAUAAGUUGCACGUACAUUCGAAUAAAGAACAUAUAGAAUCGUCGAUUUCAAAUCUCGCAUUGAACUCUAUGCAUUAUAAUAAAAUAAAUAAGUCUUACAUAUGUUCCAAAUGUAAUAUCGAAUUCUACAGCAUAGCGGAACUUAUGAUACACGUUGAAUAUUAUUCCAAUCGUGGCAAUUAUUUGUGCUUGAAGUGUCCCAGAAAAUGUUGUACGUUGUCAAUAUUAAGCGAACACAUUGAUCUAACUCACAACGAUAACAAAUUGAUGAUCGGCCACAAGUGUGGCAUUUGUGGCGAAAUUUUAAUGUCUGAUAUUUCGUUCUUAUAUCAUCAAAAUCACCUUCAUAGUGACGUGGAAGAGCGACAAGUCGUUUCCUUUUCCUAUAAAUAUUCUAAUACGGACUUAAAUAUUAAUAAUAUCGUUGAUAACGAUAAGUUGAUGGUUGUUGAUAAAGAACCAGUGGUAAUUGUACACGAUCCUACUUCCUCUUUUGUUACUUUGGAAAAAUGUAAUAUCUCAUGUCCAAUAUGUGCUGUCAAAUUUGAAAAAGAAGUACAUUUAAAGAAACAUUUAGCCGAAUAUUUAGAUUUCGGGGAUUAUCAAUGUAACGAGUGUCAAAGACAUUUCGUUAAUUCUGACCUAUUAAAGAAGCACAUUGAAAAUCAUUUGGCACCGGGCAUGCCUCUUACGAAAUAUUAUUGUACCGUUUGUAACGAAAAUUGUAAAACUUCUGUCGUUCUCGAAUCUCAUGUUGCUCAUUUACAUGCCCGUGUUAUAUUUAAAGACGUUUCCUCAAAGUCAGUUUAACAUAAUGCGUUUUACAAAAUGAUAAUAUAUAAUUUCUAAUAAUUCCAAUAAAAUUAAGAACUUAAAUGUGAAUGUUUCAACCAAGAAUUUAUUAUUUUCUCUUAUUUUUAUUAUUACCAAGAAUUUAUUAUUUUCUUUUAUUUUUAUCGUUUUUCUUCGUUUCCAUGUAAACGCCGUCGUCUUAAAAAUAUUCCUCAUAAUGUAUUUUUACUUAUAUUUAAAUGAUGUUCCAUUAAAUAUACUUACUUUUUUCAAAUUACUUCGUAAUCUAUAUUGUUAUACAUUCGUUACGUAUAUUUUGUCAUUUUAUAUUUAAAUUAGCUAAUAUAAUUGAAGUUUUUUUUCUUUUUUCGUUUUUUCAUCGAAAUGUGUCUGUCAAAGAAAUAAAUGUAUUUUACUCGAUGCUCAGUUAUAUGUGUAAGAUGUAAAUUUUGUCUGCUUAGAAAGUACGUAUUAUUAAUAUUUUAUAAAUAUUACUAUUUAAUAUGAAAAGGAAAAAAAGAAAAAAAAAAAAAAAAAGGAAAAAAAGAAAAUAGCUAAAGGAAAGAAUAAUAAUGACAUAUAGAUUUGUCAUAAAUUUGUCACCAAAAAUAUGUUUUAAAUAUCGGUUUAUUCGUUAUUUUUUAUUAAAAAGUUUUAGACAUUGAAAACUCAGUAUUGCGAGCUUUAUCAAGUAGUAUUAAUUAUCAGUGAUAAACAUAUUUUGCGUAGGCAUUUAUCAAGAAAUUCAAAGAAUUCACGAUGAUAAUGAAAAAAUCAUGGCAAUACUUAAAAAAUCUGCUAUUACUACUGAUUGAAGGAAACAAUUUAUUAAAAGAAAUUUAGGGUUAAGAGAUUAUCUUGGUUAUUCAAUAAUAAUGAAUCGUUUGAAAACUUUGAAUUUUCUUUCAAUAUUUUUAUUUUUAUAUCCGACGUUUAUCGAAUAUCACAGAUUCAUCUGAGAGCUUUAAAAAUUUAUACUCCAGCGAUAUGAAAAUACAUACAUAAGUAUAUCAACAUUAAUUUAUAAUAGUUCCUUUUUAUUUUGUUGUAAUUGUAAUGGAAAAAAAAGUAACGUUUAUAUUUAGAUGUUGGCGAAUUAGAUAUAUCCAAAUAUUCGAUUGUGAUAAGUAGUCCUAAUAAUUAGCUAUUAUAUAUUAUAUUUUAAAUUAAUUCACGAGAUUAAUAGAUAUAGAAGACGAAUGAUCAAAUUGAAUUGACAAAGUCUAUCGGAUGGAAAUUGAAUGCAGUGGACCAUGACAAUAACAAUGAACUAUUCCCUUGGAAGAAAAAAGGAUCAGCGUAUCGAACAAAUGAUGAAAAAUAUUUCUGGGAUAAGAAGAAGUUCAUCUCCUAGCUAUCUUCACUUUGAACGAUGGAGUCUUAAUUCUUGUCCUAAAGUACUCUCUAAUGCCUGGCAGCCAUGGAAUUUGCGACGUAUACGCGAGACGUUACAUUGAUUGCGCCCCGAAGCAAAUCGUAUUCGCAGCUUUGCCGAUUCCACCGAUCCGUCGAACAAUGAACAGCGAUGUUGAAAUUGAUGACGUGCGAGUUUGAAUGGAGAACAAACUGAUCAACUCCGUCAAUGACUUCCCAUUUGCUCUGUCAAAGAACAUUCUGCGCAGAAUUAAUCUAUUUCUGAUCGGUCUAACUUAGUCUUCAAGAUUCAUCUAUCCGUUUAAUCUACGAUGUGUAUUAGAAAAGCGAUCGUAUUAUAACAAUUUUAUUUUCUCUGUAUUAUCAUAAGUAUUAUGAAUUAUAUGUCAGUUAUAUAAACAUUACAUUAUAGAGUAUAGAAGAAUAUUGAUGAUGUACUUUAACGCCCGCGCUAUAUGAAUAGAAAGUAAGACGACUGAAUUAAUUUUAUAAAAACUGAUGUUUCAUAGAAAAAGAAAGGGGGAAAAAAAACGAAAGAAAGAAAAAAAAAAAAAACAAUUAAUCUCUGACACUUCCGUGGAAAUUAUUUAUAUCAGCCAAUAAUUUCACCGUUUCAGCCGAUAAGACUAGAUAAUUUCUGUAAAUUUAUCUAUUAUAUCAUAAUAUGAUCUAUAUUGGA